AUGUCGCAAGCACCACAAAAUUUUAAACCAGCUCUUCUAGUUGUUGAUGUGCAAGAAGAUUUCUGCCCUCCAAACGGAUCUCUUGCAGUUCCUAACGGACGAGAUAUCGUGCCAACUGUAAACGAGCUUCUUUCCCUCCCGUUUGCUAUCAAAGUCGCUACAAGGGACUGGCAUCCUCGUGACCACAUAUCUUUCGUUUCCAACCACGCGGGUCCAGAGAAAAUCGCAUACGUGUCCAAAACAAUAAUUAUCCAUCCUUUCGACCCAUCGCGAACCUAUGAGACCCUCCUAUGGCCCCCUCACUGUAUUCAAGACACACCAGGGGCACAAUUGCUUUCUGAGCUCCAUAGAAACCGUAUCGAUAUGAUCAUCGAUAAAGGGAAGGAUUCCAGGCUGGAGAUGUAUUCCUCGUUUACAGACCCCUUCCACGAAGCUCCAUUCACAUCUGAUUCUACGAGUGUGAGCACUUCGGAACUGCCACGUCUUCUACAAGAGAAGGGGAUAACACAUGUUUAUAUUGUGGGGCUAGCGCAAGAUUAUUGUGUUAGAGCCAGUGCAAUAGAUUCAGCGAGGUUUGGGUAUACUACAUUUGUAGUGAAGGAGGGUACAAUGGCGGUGGAUCCUGUAGAAGGGUGGAAGGAGGCUGAGAGGUCUAUGCUAGAGGCGGGGGUACGGAUUGUUGGGAUGGAAGGGAUGGAAGUGGCGUGGUUGAGGGAGAUGCUACAUACAUGA